AUGUCCUGUUCCAGUCUGCAAUCUCCACGACUGUCAUUCCUGCAGACGUUGUUCUCUCUCUUCCUGUCCUUCAUCUCUCUGUUUGCGUCUAACUGGUGCUCGGGGGUCGAGAAGGUCCCGAAGCCGCUGUGUUCUCUUCUGCGACGGCGCACCUGCACACCGUCUGACCUGUUCACCAACGGCUCUGCCCAGUUCACCUGGGAAACCGGGGAUGACCGCUUCAUCUUCCCUAGUUUCCACGCUGGGAUCUGGAGCUGCUGUGAAGAGAACAUACAUAAGGAUGAGUGGGAAGAAAAUUGUCGCAAUUUCAUUGCUCUGACACCUCCAUCAGAGAAAGGGAUUUUCUGGCUGUGUGUGCUGCUGGAGUUGAUGUACAUCAGUUUGUUGUGUAUCAGUUGUGUGCUGCUGAUGGUUCAGUUGGCAUUUUCUGAGUGGAAGCCCUCGCUUCAUCAAUGGGGGGAGUUACUCAAUGCUUAUGCUGCUGUCUUCACCGUACUGGGAGGUCUAGUAGGAAUGGUAGGUCACAUAAUGUUCAUGCAGGUGUUCCAGGUGACAGCGUCCAGCGGCCCAGAGGAUUUUAAACCACACCGUUACGGAUACUCCUGGGCUUUUUACAUGGCCUGGGUAGCCUUCACCUGCUGUAUGAUCGCCGGAGUUUCCACUCUGAAUAAUUACACCAAGAAAGUGCUGAUGAUUGGGACAAAGCCAAAGCCUGACUUCCACACCUCUAUGUCAUUGUACUACCCCCCUGUUCCACCUCCUCCUUCUUGCCCUCCUCCACCUCCUCCACUCUCACCACACUUAUGCCCUCCAUCUCCCUCUCCCAUGGUCCCUCAUGCCCCUCCGUCUCCAACCAACUCUGCUCCCUGUCUCUCUUCCUCACCUUCUGUCUCUGUCCUUCAUUCACCUCACUGUCCUUCUCCUCCUCUUUCACCUGCUCCUUCCAUCACUUUAUCUAUCGCUCCCUCCAUCCAUACGCUCGCUUGCUCUCCUUCCCUGCCAUUUGAUGAAGAAUACAGCUUCCUCUAA